AUGCCAGUGGAAUUCAAAUACCCAUGGGUAGGUGUGGCCAUUCCUGCCGCUUUGAUAAUAUAUUUACAAUCUUCAACAACUUAUCUAUGGAUGCAGGAUAAACAUGAAGUACUAAGCGAUCGUAUUUUUUUGAUUUUUCAGUUUGCCAACAUGAUGCUGUGGAUAUCUUACUGUUUGGCCAUCGUAACACCUCCUGGUUCUCCUGCCCCAGACUAUCAAUUACCUCAAAGGGAGUUUGGAAAACAUCAAACAAUGUGGAGGAAGUUUUGCAUCAAGUGCAAUAAAUACAAACCUGAGAGAACUCAUCAUUGUAGAAAAUGUGACAAAUGUGUUCUUAAAAUGGAUCAUCAUUGUCCAUGGACGAAUAAUUGCAUAGGCUUCAAAAACUUCCCUCAUUUCAUCAAGUUUCUUGUUUGGAUAGAGGUAACGCUUUUGAUAGGGUGGAUUUAUUAUGCCAAGAAACUUUAUGGUAUUUUCGAAAUGAGAAGUUUGCCAUCAUAUCUAAUCUCGACUUCGGAUGUAACAGUGUCCAUAAUAAAUACAUUGAUGGUAUCGUUCAUUCUUCUAACUAUCUCGAUAUUAUUUAUAAGAUGUCUUUCCUCUGCUGCAUCAAACCAAACGAUGAUUGAAGAAUGGGAAUGUGAUAGAAUUCAAGAUAACUUUUUCACAGAAAAGUUGUGGAUCAAGGUACGCCAUAAUUAUUCAAAAAUAUACCCCGACGAACGAUUUCCAGAUCUAAAAUCAUGGAAAGUGAAUUAUAGGAUCCUUAAGCAAAACACACAGAUUCCUUUAAAUUUCACUUAUGAGGAUUUGGUGUUUCCUUACGACCUUGGUUCUGCGUACCUGAAUCUAGUUGAUUCUAUUGGCCCUUUAUAUACAUGGAUUUUACCAUGGGGAGGUCCAAAUGGGGAUGGUAUUAAUUUUAUUAAAGAUGCGUUGAAGGAAGACCAAAUAAAGUUACCGUUCCCUAUAGAUGGAUCGAAUUUUGAUGAUCCAAAAUCUACUUUUUUUGGAAUUGAUGACGAUAAUGAGCUAGUUACAAGCAACGACUGGGCCAACUAUUUAGGCGAGACUUUGAAUGAUUUUGGAGUUGAUCUAGAAACUGAGACUUAUGAUGAUAGUAAAAAUAAAUAG